AUGGUAGUAUCAAAGAUGAAACAAUCUCUUCUCACCCUUCUUUUCUCCUCCUGUUUCAUUUACCCUCUCAUCAAUGCUCAAUCCACAAACACAAACACCACAACCUUUUCGUGCUCCUCGAUCUCUCCAUGCAGAACUUACGUCGCAUACCGCACGCAACUCCCGAAUUACGCAGACAUCGGCGCGAUAUCCGACCUCUUCGGAGUUAGCCGCUUGUCGAUAGCUAAGGCCAACAAUCUUUCAUCAGAGGAUGGCACACUUCUCCCUGACCAGCUCUUGCUUGUCCCUGUCUCAUGCGGUUGCACCGCGAACCGAUCCUUCGCGAACAUGACGUACGAGAUUGCGAAAGGUGAUAGCUUCUACUUGGUUUCGAUUCGUGCCUUUGAGAAUCUGACAGAUUACAAUGCUGUCGAGGAGUUCAAUCCGUCGCUCGAUCCGAGCCACUUGAAGGUCGGCCAAGAGGUGAUCUUUCCGCUGUACUGCAAGUGCCCCUCGAAGAUUCAAGUGGAUCAGAGCAUCAAUUUCCUCUUAACUUAUGUUUGGCAAGCAAGUGAUCAGAUUGACCAAGUGAGCAAGUUGAUGAAUUCGUCUACAAAUGCAAUGUUGAGUGAGAACAAUUACCGAAAUUUCAACAACUCGGUGGCUCGUCCGGUCUUAAUCCCCGUAUCGGAGCUACCGCGCCUUCCGACGCCAAUUUAUGAUACAACUACUCAUGUUUCUCAGCAAAAUGCUAGAUCAGAUAGGACUACAAUUGUAGCAUGGAGUAUGGUAGGGGUUAUUUUGGCCCUAGUCAUAUUAGGUGUUCUUGCUUGCUACUGUAAAGAUCACCACAAUAAGGUUUUUACUUGCAAUCGAUCCGAGGUCACUGAUCUUCUCGGAUUCAGUAAAACAUCUGACAAUUUAGCAUUUAGCCCCGCGAUCAAAGGAGAUAAGCUUUUGACCGGCGUAUCGCAAUUCAUAGAUAAGCCCGUGUUUUUCGAUAAUAUGUCUUUAGCAGAAGCUACUAUGAAUUUCGAUGAUAGCUAUAGAAUCGGAAGUUCAGUUUACAAAGCGGAGAUUGGCGGAGAGGUUUACGCAGUCAAGAAGGCCAAAGGAGAAGUCGCGGAGGAACUCAAGAUACUGCAGUUUGUCAGCCAUGCAAAUCUCGUCAAGCUGGAAGGAGUUUCGAGUGACGAAAACGGCGAUUGCUUUCUUAUUUACGAAUUCGCUGAAAACGGGUCAUUGGAUAAGUGGCUGUUUCGGAGUCCUUCGUCAUCGUCGUCGAGCUCUUCGGCAUUUCUUUCGUGGAAGCAAAGGCUGAGCAUACUGCUAGAUGUCGCCAGUGGCCUGCAGUAUCUGCACGAGCACACGAGGCCGAGCAUAGUCCACGGGGACGUCAGGGCGAGGAACAUCCUCCUCAGCGCGGAUUUCAAAGCCAAGAUAUCGAAAUUCUCCGCGGCGAGAAUGGUGGCAGGCGGCGCGACAGCAUCGGCAGACGUGUUCGCUUUCGGAAUUCUGAUCUUGGAGGUGAUCUCAGGAAGGAGAGCUAUGGAAAGCGGCGAAGGUGGCAACAUGAGAAUGUUGUGGGAGGAGAUCAGGACAGUGUUAGAGGCCGAGGAGAUGAGAGAACAUAGAAUCAAGAAAUGGAUGGAUCCGAGUCUCGAAGGGUUUUAUCCUACUGACGGCGCUAUAAGUAUAGCUGUGUUGGCUAGAGCAUGCGCGCAAGAGAACUAUUGUCAGAGGCCAAGUAUGACAGAGAUUGUGUUUAGCCUUUCUGUUUUGGAUCAGCUGUGUAGCUGUCCAUUCGACAGAGCUUCGAUGCCGAAUUCCGAAGAAAAUACUCCGGUAAAAGCUGCAAUCGCAAGUCGCUGA